ACACCGUUGUACUUUGGUGUUAACAUACAACUUGAUACUAAGAAAAAUAAUUAAAUAUGACGACUAUAUUUCAUUUUGUAAUUCUUUUAAUUCUGUGCUCUUUGUUUUAUGUUAUUGGAGCGUACAACAGACCACAUCUGUCCAAUGCGAUUUUGUACGAAAUAAAAUCUAAUGAUAACGGCGACUUUUGUGAGACCAAUACGACCGUCACCGUGGAUUCAGGAAAAAUAAUGGUCAAGAUCUAUGGGAACUACGAUAAACUGGAUCAUGUUUGGUGCCAAAACCUUUUGCACGAAGAAGGUGAAAAACCUGAAUCAUUUUUAAUAAAAUCUGCUUUUCGUGAAUACGAAAACCCAAAGGAAGCCAUAGCUACUAUA